GCUUUGGGUCUCAUGGCGCUCUGGUUGACUGUGGUCCUCACCCUUGCCUGCCUCGGUGGCCUCGCUGCCCCAGGCCCAGUGCCUCCUCCAUCCCCAGCCGUCAGGGAGCUCAUUGAGGAGCUGGUCAACAUCACGCAGGACCAGAAGGCUCCCCUCUGCAAUGGCAGCAUGGUGUGGAGCAUCAACCUGACAGCUGGCGAGUACUGUGCAGCCCUGGACUCCCUGAUCAAGGUCUCCAACUGCAGUGCCAUCCAGAAGACCCAGAGAAUGCUGAGUGGCCUCUGCACACACAAGAACACUGCGGGGCAGGCUUCCACCGUGCCCAUCCUGGACACCAAAAUUGAAGUGGGCCAGUUUGUGAAGAAACUGCUCAGUCAUUUACGGUGUCUUCUUCGCCAUGGAAAGCUCCCCUGA